UCCCGCGACUCGUGGCCUCACCCAAUCAGCACAUCCUGGCAGCAGAUGAUGUGGUCAGCUGUUGCCUGGAUCUAAGUGUUCCAAGCAUUUCCUUCCGAAUCAAUGGGCACCCAGUGCAGGGCAUGUUUGAGAACUUCAACCUGGAUGGCCUUUUCUUCCCAGUUGUCAGCUUUUCUGCGGGUAUCAAGGUUCGCUUUCUUCUGGGAGGGCGUCACGGACAAUUCAAAUUCCUCCCACCCCCCGGUUAUGCACCUUGUUAUGAAGCAGUGCUGCCUAAGGAAAGGCUGCGCAUUGAGCCCAUCAAGGAGUAUAAGCAGGACUUCAGCGGCAUUCGGAACCUGCUGGGGCCGACGCAGUCACUCUCCCACACCGCCUUCACCCCCUGUCCAGUGGACACCGUGCAGAUCGUGUUGCCGCCUCAUCUGGAGCGGAUUCGGGAGAAGCUGGCAGAGAAUAGCCAUGAGCUGUGGGCGGUCACCCGUAUCGAACAGGGCUGGACCUAUGGAGCGAUUCGGGAUGACAACAAGAAGCUGCACCCCUGCCUGGUGGAUUUUCACAGCUUGCCAGAACCCGAGAAGAACUACAACCUCCAGAUGUCUGGGGAAACUCUUAAAACUCUGCUGGCUUUGGGUUGUCAUGUGGGCAUGGGGGACGAGAAGGCUGAGGAAAACCUGAAGAGAAUCAAACUCCCCAAAACUUACAUGAUGAGCAGCGGUUACAAGCCUGCUCCCCUGGACCUGAACCAUGUGAAGCUGACACCCAACCAGAACACUUUGGUGGAAAGGCUGGCCGAAAAUGGACACAAUGUCUGGGCACGGGACAGAGUCCGGCAGGGAUGGACCUACAGUAUCGUACAAGACAUUGCAAACAAACGCAAUCCCCGGCUUGUUCCAUACAACCUGCUGGACGAUAAGACCAAGAAGACCAACAGGGAUACUGUGUGCGCUGCUGUAAGGACACUCAUUGGCUAUGGAUACAACAUUGAACCUCCUGAUCAAGAAAGCAGUGCCCAUUGUGCUGGUGGCUUACGAGUAGACAAGAUACGAGUAUUUCGGGCAGAGAAGUCCUAUGCUGUGACUCAGGGGAAGUGGUACUUUGAGUUUGAGACAGUGACAGUGGGUGAGAUGAGAGUUGGCUGGGCCCGUCCCAACGUAUGUGCUGACGCAGAGUUGGGUGUAGACGACUUAUCAUACGUCUUCAAUGGUUUCAAGGCCCAACGCUGGCACGUGGGCAGCGAGCCCUUUGGGCGAAGCUGGCAGUCCGGCGAUGUCGUUGGCUGCAUGAUUGACCUUACUGAGCGUAACAUCAUGUUCACACUUAAUGGAGAGAUGCUCAUUAGUGACUCUGGCUCUGAGAUGGCCUUCAAGGACAUCGAGAUUGGGGAUGGUUUCAUCCCAGUGUGCAGCUUGGGUUUGUCUCAAGUAGGAAGGAUUAACCUGGGCCAGAAUGUCAGUAGCCUGCGUUACUUCACCAUCUGUGGCCUACAAGAGGGCUUCGAGCCUUUUGCUAUUAAUAUGAAGCGGGACAUCACUAUGUGGUUCAGCAAAAGCCUCCCCCAGUUCAUCCCAGUGCCUACUGACCACCAGCAUAUAGAGAUAUCUCGUAUGGAUGGGACAGUGGACAGCGCCCCCUGCCUGAAGCUGACCCAUAAAACAUUUGGAUCUCAGAAUGCCAACACUGACCUGCUGUUUAUGAGACUAAGCAUGCCAGUGGAGUUUCAUGAGUUCUUCAAGGUGCCGGCUGGGAGGACACUUCUCACACGGAGCCUCAUCAUUCCUGAGGAUGAGGUAGUUGUGGUGGACCCCAACUCUGACUUUGAGAUGCUGAAGAAAUCUGCCACUCGUAAAGAGCAGGAGGAGAAGGAAAAGGAGCCCCCUGUACUGAAGGAGGUCCCAGGCAGCAAGGGGGGAGAGAAUGAAAAAGAUGCCUCCACAGAGAAGAGCAAAAAGAGGGGGUUUCUCUUCAAGGCCAAGAAGGCCGCUUUUACCACCCCUCCUGUUGUUCCCACUAUUCCGCGUCUGAUAGAAGAUGUUGUGCCAGAUGAUAGAGAUGACAUGGACAUCAUUCUCAACACCACCACGUAUUAUUACGCAGUGCGUGUCUUCGCGGGACAGGAGCCGAGUGGCGUCUGGGUGGGCUGGGUCACCCCAGACUAUCACCAACACGAUCCUCAUUUCGACCUCUCCAAAGUACGCAAUGUCACUGUCACUGUUGGUGAUGACAAGGGAAAUGUCCAUGACAGUAUGAAGAGGAGUAACUGUUACAUGGUGUGGGGAGGAGAGUUUAGCAACGGCUCCCAGCAGACACGAAUCAGUCAGGAGGACCUCCUAAUUGGUUGCUUAUUGGACCUAGAUACCGGCCUCAUGACGUUUACAGCCAAUGGGAAAGAGAUCAACACCUUCUACCAGGUGGAACCGAACACCAAGCUGUUUCCAGCUCUGUUUGUUAUACCGUCCAGUCAGAAUGUGCUUCAGUUUGAGCUGGGUAAACUAAAGAACAUCAUGCCUAUAUCUGCUGCGAUGUUCCGCAGUGAACGUAAGAACCCGGUUCCGCAGUGUCCUCCGAGGCUGGAUGUACAGAUGCUGACGCCAGUGAUAUGGAGCCGCAUGCCCAACCACUUUCUGGCUCCGCGCACUGCCCGAGUGAGCGAAAGGCAUGGAUGGAUGGUUGAGUGUACUGAGCCCCUCAUCAUGAUGGCGCUUCACAUCCCUGAGGAAAACAGGUGUAUUGACUUGCUGGAGCUUUCGGAGCGCUUGGACAUGCUGAAGUUUCACUACCACACCCUCAAGCUGUACUGCGCUGUAUGUGCUCUUGGGAACAAUCGCGUGGCUCAUGCUCUAUGCAGCCAUGUGGAUGAGUCCCAGCUCUUCUACGCUAUAGAGAACACGUACUUGCCAGGGCCGAUACGAAGCGGCUACUAUGACCUACUCAUCAGCAUGCACCUCGAGUCUGCAAAGCGGGCUCGACUCAUGACCAACAGAGAGUUCAUUGUGCCAAUGACAGAUGAAACACGCGCAAUUACCCUAUACUCAGACGCAGACAAGGCUCACGCAUUACCAGGUGUGGGUCUUACUACCUGCCUGCGUCCCAAACUGCACUUCUCCCCCACGGGCUUUGUGGGUACAAACCAUGACCUCUACACCCUCAGCCCUAUCAUUCCAUUAGAGAUCUUGAAAACCAAAGCUCUUAACAUGUUAACAGAAGCGGUUCAGGAUGGUGGACAGGCCAUUCGUGACCCUGUUGGGGGCAGUGUGGAGUUCCACUUUGUGCCCAUUCUCAAGCUCAUUAGCACACUACUAAUCAUGGGAAUUUUUGAUGAUGAAGACGUCAAGCAUAUCCUUAAGAUGAUUGAGCCGAAUGUCUUUGGUGGAAUGGCUGAGGUAACGGUGGAAGAGGAAUCGGGAAGGAUGACCGAUGAAGAACAAAAUCCAUUCACCAGCGAAGAUGAGGAUGAUGUAAAAGAGGAAGAGGACAGCCUGGAUGAAGGGAGCGAGCUGGAAGAUGAAGGAAUGGGGGAGGAGGAGGAAGAGCAAAUGGAACUGGCAGAGGUGUCAGAGGAAAACCUGCAGAAGAUGGGAGAGGGGGAAGGUGAUGCAGAGAAUUUGGAUGGCAAGAAAGAAGCUGAGGAUACAGAAAAGGCCGGACAGGCUGACGAGCAGCGGACAGAAGCCAAGGAGGGAGAGGAUGGUCUUAAAGAAGGACUGCUCCAGAUGAAACUGCCGGAGUCUGUGAAACUGCAGAUGUGUAAUCUUCUGCAGUACUUUUGCGACUGUGAGCUGCGUCACAGGGUUGAAGCUAUCAUCGCCUUUUCUGACCAUUUUGUCAGUGAGGUGCAGAACAACCAGCGGCAGCGUUAUAAUGAGCUCAUGCAGGCGUUCACCAUGAGUGCUGCAGAGACGGCUCGCAAGACGCGCGAGUUCCGCUCACCCCCACAGGAGCAGAUCAACAUGCUGCUGACUUUCAAACACCAUUCAGAGGAGGGAGUGUGCUCUGUGCCCGAGGAAAUCAGAGAAUCUCUGCAGUUGUUUCACAAUGACCUUCUGGCUCACUGUGGUGUGCAUAUCGAGGAAGAGGAGGAAGAGCAAGAGGAGGACAUGUCUCUCAAAGGACGACUUCUUCGUUUGCUGGAGAAGAUCAAGAAAUUCCGGCGGAGGAAAAGAUAUGAAGAGCCAGAGUUUGAGGAAGAAAUUAAACCCAGCACUCUACAAGAGCUUAUAUCUCACACCAUGAUCCACUGGGCCCAGGAAUCCUUUAUCCAGAACCCAGAGCUGGUGCGCCUUAUGUUCAGCCUGCUCCACCGGCAGUACGACGGACUUGGGGAGUUGAUCCGUGCGCUGCCGAAAGCCUACACCAUCAACUGCGUAUCAGUGCAGGACACCAUGGAUUUGCUGGAAUGCCUGAGCCAGAUACGCUCGCUGCUCAUCGUCCAAAUGGGACCUGAGGAGGAGAGACUCAUGAUCCAGAGCAUUGGGAACAUCAUGAGCAACAGGGUAUUCUAUCAGCACCCCAACCUGAUGCGUGCUCUGGGCAUGCAUGAGACCGUCAUGGAGGUCAUGGUGAAUGUGCUGGGGGGUGGAGAUUCCAAGGAAAUCCGCUUUCCAAGGAUGGUGACCAAUUGCUGUCGCUUCCUGUGUUAUUUCUGCCGAAUCAGUCGGCAGAACCAACGUUCCAUGUUUGAUCACCUCAGCUACUUGCUUCAGAACAGCGGCAUUGGUUUGGGAAUGAGAGGCUCGACCCCUCUGGAUGUAGCAGCAGCAUCUUGCAUUGAUAACAAUGAGCUUGCCUUAGCUCUGCAGGAACAGGACCUAGAGCAAGUGGUGAAAUACCUUGCAGGUUGUGGGCUACAGAGUUGUCCCAUGCUCCUGUCUAAAGGCUAUCCUGACAUUGGCUGGAACCCCUGUGGCGGAGAGCGAUACCUUGACUUCCUCCGUUUUGCUGUUUUUGUCAACGGAGAGAGUGUGGAAGAGAAUGCAAACGUGGUGGUACGUCUGCUGAUCCGAAGGCCCGAGUGCUUCGGGCCGGCCUUGAGAGGGGAGGGCGGCAAUGGUUUGCUGGCUGCCAUUGAGGAGGCCAUUAAAAUAUCAGAAGAUCCGGCUCGGGAUGGACCCACUGUUAAAAAAGACAGACGAUUCCCCAUGUUUGGUGGGGAAGAGCAGCAGGAGGAGAACAGGGUGCAUCUUGGGAAUGCCAUCAUGUCUUUUUACGCUGCUCUCAUCGAUCUGCUGGGCCGUUGUGCCCCUGAAAUGCAUCUAAUCCAAGCAGGUAAAGGUGAGGCUUUGAGAAUCAGGGCCAUCCUGAGGUCGCUCGUGCCCAUUGAAGACCUGGUGGGCGUGAUCAGCCUGCCUUUCCAAAUCCCAGCCUUUGGGAAAGACGGCAGUGUCAUUGAACCAAAGAUGUCAGCCAGCUUUGUGCCUGAUCACAAGGCCCCCAUGGUGCUCUUCUUGGACAGAGUCUACGGCAUUGACAACCAGGACUUCUUGUUGCAUGUGCUGGAAGUCGGUUUCCUUCCAGACAUGAGGGCUGCAGCCUCCCUUGAUACAGCGGCGUUCAGCACCACGGAGAUGGCCCUGGCCCUUAACCGUUACCUUUGCCUGGCCGUAUUGCCCCUCAUCACCAAAUGCGCCCCGCUUUUUGCGGGCACUGACCACCGUGCCAUUAUGAUCGACUCCAUGCUUCACACCAUUUAUCGGCUGUCACGUGGUCGCUCUCUCACAAAAGCCCAGAGGGAUGUCAUUGAAGAGUGCCUUAUGUCGCUAUGCAAGUAUCUGCGGCCUUCUAUGCUUCAGCAUUUGUUGAGGAGGCUAGUGUUUGAUGUGCCGAUACUGAAUGAAUAUGCGAAGAUGCCACUUAAGCUGUUGACAAAUCACUAUGAACGCUGCUGGAAGUACUACUGCCUGCCCAAUGGCUGGGCCAAUUUCGGGGUGUCUUCAGAGGAGGAGCUGCAUCUCACCAGGAAACUCUUCUGGGGCAUCUUUGAAUCCCUGGCCCACAAAAAGUACGAUGCAGAGCUGUUUAAAAUCGCGAUGCCGUGUAUCUGCGCCAUUGCUGGGGCCAUCCCCCCUGACUAUGUAGACGCCAGUUACUCUUCCAAGACCGAGAAGAAGGCCUCUGUUGAUGCUGAGGGAAAUUUUGACCCUAAACCGGUGGAGACCACAAACACCAUCAUCCCUGAGAAGCUGGAUGCUUUCAUCAACAAAUAUGCAGAAUACACUCAUGACAAGUGGGCUUUCGAGAAGAUCCAGAGUAACUGGACGUACGGAGAGCUGCUGGAUGAGAAUGCGAAGACUCACCCCAUGCUCAGACCAUACAAGACUUUCUCUGAGAAGGACAAGGAGAUCUACCGCUGGCCCAUAAAGGAGUCCAUCAAGGCGAUGCUAACCUGGGAGUGGACGCUGGACAAAGCCCGAGAUGGGGAUGAUGAUAAGACGGAGAAGAAGAAGACAACCCGCAAGAUCUCACAGACAGCACAGGCGACCUAUGACCCAAGCCACGGUUAUAAUCCCCAACCCAUUGAUGUGACAGGCAUGGCUCUGUCUAGAGAGUUACAGGCCAUGGCGGAACAGCUGGCUGAGAACUACCACAAUACUUGGGGUAGAAAGAAGAAAGUGGAAUUACAGGCCAAAGGAGGUGGAACCCACCCCUUGCUGGUGCCUUAUGACACCUUAACUGCAAAAGAGAAGGCAAGGGACAGAGAAAAAGCUCAUGAGCUUCUCAAAUUCCUGCAGCUGAAUGGAUAUGCUGUCACUAGAGGACUGAAGGACAUGGAGUUGGACACUUCUUCUAUUGAGAAGCGUUUUGCCUAUGGUUUUCUGCAAAAGCUGCUCAAGUGGAUGGAUAUUGCACAGGAGUUCAUCGCCCAUCUAGAGGCUGUGGUGAGCAGUGGGAGGGUAGAGAAGUCGCCACACGAGCAAGAGAUUAAAUUCUUUGCCAAGAUCCUGUUACCCCUGAUAAACCAGUACUUUAAGAACCAUUGUCUAUACUUCCUCUCCACUCCUGCCAAAAUGCUUGGCAGUGGAGGCCUUUCAUCCAACAAAGAGAAGGAGAUGAUCACCAGUAUCUUCUGUAAAAUGGCUGCUCUGGUGAGACACAGAGUUUCUCUUUUUGGGACAGAUGCCUCUGCUAUCGUCAACUGUCUGCACAUUCUUGCACGAUCCUUGGAUGCAAGGACAGUAAUGAAGUCAGGGCCUGAGAUUGUCAAGGCAGGACUAAGGUCCUUCUUUGAGAGCGCUGCAGAUGACAUUGAGAAAAUGGUAGAGAACCUCAAGCUUGGCAAAGUAUCAAACCGUAGCCAGCAGGUGAAGGGUGUAUCUCAAAACAUCAACUACACUACUAUAGUUCUGCUCCCUGUGCUCACUUCCCUGUUCGACCACAUUGCUCAGCACCAGUUUGGAGACGAUGUCAUGUUGGAUGAUCUGCAGAUGUCAUGCUAUCGCAUUAUGUGUAGCAUCUAUUCACUGGGCACCGUUAAGAAUCCGCAUGUUGAAAGGCAGAGACCAGCCCUGGGGGAGUGUUUGGCUCACUUGGCAGCAGCCAUGCCUGUUGCAUUCCUGGAACCGCAUCUUAACGAGUACAACGCCUUCUCUGUAUACACCACAAAGACACCUCGUGAAAGAGCCAUCUUGGGUCUUCCAAGCCAAGUACAAGAGCUGUGCCCAGACAUACCUGAACUGAAUAUUCUAAUGAAGGAGAUCGGGGAUCUGGCUGAAUCGGGGGCCCGUUACACAGAGAUGCCCCAUGUCAUUGAAGUCACCCUACCCAUGCUGUGCAACUACUUGCCCCGCUGGUGGGAGAGAGGUUUGGAGAAUUUCCCUGAGCAUGAAGGACAACUGUGCACUGAAGUCACCUCAGAGCACCUUAAUCAGCUGCUGGGGAGCAUCAUGAAAAUUGUGGUGAACAACCUAGGCAUUGAUGAGGCCUCCUGGAUGAAGAGACUUGCUGUUUUCUCUCAGCCCAUCGUGAGCAGGGCUAAAUCAGAGAUGCUCAAGUCUCACUUCAUUCCCACCAUGGAGAAGCUGAAGAAGCGCACAGGAAAGGUGGUGGCUGAAGAGGAACAUCUACGCCUAGAGGGGAAGUCGGAGGGAGACCAGGAGGACGGCACAAUCCGCGACGAGUUUGCUGUGCUGUGCAGGGACCUCUAUGCUCUCUAUCCCUUACUCAUCCGAUACGUGGACAACAACAGGGCAAGGUGGUUAACCUGCCCGGACCCUGACGCCGAGGAGCUUUUCCGGAUGGUGGGAGAGGUUUUCAUCUUUUGGUCAAAGUCUCAUAACUUUAAACGCGAGGAGCAGAAUUUUGUGGUGAUGAAUGAGAUCAACAACAUGUCCUUUCUCACUGCUGACAGUAAGAGCAAGAUGAGCAAGGCCGGGGCCGCUGAGGCUGGGGGCUCUGACUUGGAGCGCACCAAGAAAAAGCGGCGUGGAGAUCGCUACUCGGUGCAGACCUCGCUCAUCGUGGCGGCCCUUAAGAAGAUGCUCCCCAUUGGCCUCAACAUGUGCUCCCCCGCUGACCACGAGCUCAUCAACCUGGCCAAAAUCCGCUACUCCCUGAAAGAUACCGAUGAAGAAGUGAGAGAGUUCCUCCAAAAUAACCUGCAUCUUCAGGGUAAGGUGGAGAACCCCUCUAUGCGCUGGCAGAUGGCUCUCUACAAAGAGAUGGCAGGCAAGGCUGAGGAUGCUGACAUUCCAGAGAAGGUGGUGAAAAGGGUGCAGGAAGUGGCUGCAGUGCUCUAUCACAUCGAAAUGACGGAGCAUCCCUUCAAGUCCAAGAAAAUGGUGUGGCACAAGCUUCUGUCCAAACAGCGCCGUAGGGCAGUGGUGGCAUGCUUUAGAAUGACACCGCUAUACAAUAUUCCCAGACAUAGGGCAUCCAACAUGUUCCUGGAUGCAUACAAGCGAAACUGGAUCCAAACGGAGGGAUAUUCCUUUGAGGAUAGAAUGAUAGAUGACUUAUCAAAAGCCAUGGAAGAGGAAGAAGAGGAGGAAGAGGAAAAGGAAACCAAACCGGACCCCCUUCAUCAGCUCAUCCUACAUUUCAGCCGCACCGCGCUCACUGAAAAGAGUAAACUCGAUGAGGAUUAUCUAUACAUGGCAUAUGCCGACAUUAUGGCAAAGAGUUGCCAUAUUGGUGAGGAAGAUGAAGCAGGAGAGGAGGAGCUAAUGGGGGGCGAGGAUGAGAUGUCCUUUGAGGUGCGACAGAAUGAGAUGGAGAAGGAGAUGGAGAAGCAGAGACUUCUGUACCAGCAAUCCCGGCUACACAACCGUGGAGCAGCUGAGAUGGUCCUGCAGAUGAUCAGUGCCUGCAAAGGUGUGACCGGUUCCAUGGUAUCCUCCACACUCAAGUUGGGCAUUUCCAUCCUAAACGGUGGAAACGGUGAGGUGCAGCAGAAAAUGCUGGACUACCUGAAAGAUAAGAAAGAUGUUGGGUUCUUCCUUAGUCUCCAGGCUCUCAUGCAGAGUUGCUGUGUCUUGGACCUCAAUGCUUUUGAGAGACAGAACAAAGCAGAGGGACUGGGCAUGGUGUCAGAGGAGGGCACAAACAUGAAGCUUGAACGUGGUGAAAAAGUGAUGGCGGACGAUGAAUUUACCUGUGACCUUUUCCGCUUCCUGCAGCUUCUCUGUGAGGGCCACAACAAUGAUUUCCAGAAUUAUCUGCGGACCCAGACAGGCAGCACCACCACCAUCAACAUCAUUAUCUGCACUGUGGACUACUUGCUGAGACUCCAGGAAUCAAUUAGUGACUUCUACUGGUAUUACUCUGGAAAAGAGGUGAUCGAUGAACCAGGAAAGAGGAACUUCUCCAAAGCCAUGACGGUAGCCAAGCAGAUCUUCAACAGCUUGACAGAAUACAUCCAGGGGCCCUGCACCAGUAAUCAGCAAUCCCUGGCCCACAGCAGGCUGUGGGAUGCGGUUGUGGGUUUCCUGCAUGUCUUUGCUCACAUGAUGAUGAAGCUGGCACAGGGUAAAAUGCACCCCGACCCUGGACCUCGAAACGGAGAUUCCAGUCAAAUUGGGCUGUUGAAGGAGCUGCUUGAUCUACAGAAAGACAUGGUUGUCAUGCUCCUCUCUCUACUGGAGGGUAAUGUCGUCAAUGGUACCAUUGCUCGUCAGAUGGUGGACAUGCUGGUGGAGUCAUCCAGCAAUGUGGAGAUGAUUCUAAAGUUUUUUGACAUGUUUCUUAAGCUGAAAGAUAUUGUGGCAUCAGAUGCAUUUCGUGACUAUGUGACUGAUCCUCGAGGGCUUAUCUCAAAGAAGGACUUUCAAAAGGCCAUGGAUAGCCAGAAGCAAUACACCCCCUCAGAGAUCCAGUUUCUGCUGUCAUGUUCUGAAGCUGACGAGAAUGAAAUGAUAAACUAUGAAGAGUUUGCGAGCCGCUUUCAGGAGCCAGCUAAGGAUAUCGGAUUUAACAUCGCUGUGCUGCUCACUAAUCUAUCUGAGCAUGUCCCUCAUGACACCAGACUUCAGAAAUUCCUGGAGCAAGCCGAAAGUGUGCUCAACUAUUUCCGCCCCUUUCUGGGUCGUAUUGAGAUCAUGGGAGCAAGCAGGAAGAUUGAACGUAUCUACUUUGAGAUCAGCCAGGUUAACCGUACGCAGUGGGAAAUGCCUCAGGUGAAGGAGUCCAAGCGACAGUUCAUCUUCGAUGUGGUGAAUGAGGGUGGUGAGUCAGAGAAGAUGGAACUUUUUGUCAACUUCUGUGAGGACACCAUUUUUGAAAUGAAUAUUGCCUCCCAAAUCUCAGAGCAAAUAGAAGAGGAUAAAGAAGAGGAUGAUGAGGAUAUCUCUGAAGUUGGAGGAGAGGGUGAAGGUGGUGAUGAAGAUGCUAAUGGGAAUGGAAGUCAAUCAGAGUCCAGUUCAGCUUUUGUGGACUUUUUAAAUAGUACAGUCAACUUCUUCAGCAUGUUUACCUUUCGCAACCUGCGUCGGCAGUAUCGUCGGGUGAGAAAGAUGACCCUAAAGGAGAUGGUGGUGGGACUGGCCACCUUCUUCUGGACUAUCCUCAUGGGUGUGCUGCUCUGCAUUUGCAGCAUUUGUAAGGGGUUCUUCCUGCUUGUCUGGCAAACUCUGUUUGGUGGUGGCCUGGUAGAGGGCGCUAAAAACAUCACUGUGACAGAGAUCCUGGCCAGCAUGCCAGACCCGACGCAGGAUGAGGUGCAUGGAGACCUGCCCGGGGAGUUGGGGGCUGGAGAAGAGCCGGAGGCGGGGGGAGCGACCGAUCUAAUGGAUACUGGGGGUGGGGAGGAAGAAGAAGAGGACAGCCAGGAUAAGGAAGGGGGGCGAAUUCCUGGCCUUGAUUCCCCUGGCGGUUUGGGGGAUAUGGGAGAGACUGCUCCCGUUGAACUACCCACUCCAGAGGGAACUCCCUUAGCCAAGAGAAAAAUGCCUUCAGAAGAGCCUGAAGCUGCACCUCCCGCCACAGAAGAGCCUCCACCAGAACCUGAAAAGGGAGAUGCUGAGAAUGGAGAGAAAGCUGAGAAAGAGGCCGAAACUAAAGCCAGCGAGGAUAACGCUGAGCAACCCAAGGCAAAGAAGCCCGUCAAAGUCAAGAAGGGCAAGGCAGCUAAGGAAGGGGGAUUUGAGCUCUGGAAUGAGCUUGAUGUUCAGAGGAACAAAUGUAUGAACUACCUGUCUCGUAACUUUUACAACCUGCGUUUCCUGGCUCUCUUCAUAGCUUUUGCACUGAACUUCAUUCUGCUCUUUUACAAGGUGUCAGACACACCUCCAGUUCCAGACAACUUUGAAGGUUCUGGUGUCUUUGAGGAGUCGGGAGUAUUUGAAGGCUCCGGGCAAGAGCACGAAGUAUCGGGUAUCGAGGAUGGGGGAGGGGAGGAGGGGGGGGAUGAAGGCCCCGUCUAUUACUUUCUGGAAGAAAGCACGGGGUAUAUGCAGCCCACCCUCUCCUUUCUUGCUAUAUUACAUACUGUCAUCGCUUUUAUCUGCAUCAUCGGCUACAACUGCCUUAAGAUUCCCCUGGUCAUCUUCAAGAGAGAGAAGGAGCUGGCCCGUAAGCUCGAAUUCGACGGGCUGUACAUUACUGAGCAGCCGGAAGACGACGACAUCAAAGGGCAGUGGGACAGGCUGGUCCUUAACACGCCGUCUUUCCCAAGCAACUACUGGGACAAGUUUGUGAAGAGAAAGGUGCUGGAUAAGUACGGCGACAUCUACGGCAGAGAGCGGAUCGCCGAGCUACUCGGCAUGGAUCUGGCUUCCCUGGAUGUCAGCAGCCAACAGCACGAGAAGAAGCAUGAGAAACAAGACAGCUCUGUUUUCAACUGGGUGACCUCAGUUGAUAUCAAGUACCAAAUAUGGAAAUUUGGAGUGGUGUUUACAGACCAUACUUUCCUCUACCUGGUGUGGUACACAGUGAUGUCCGUUCUGGGCCAUUACAACAAUUUCUUCUUUGCUUGUCACCUGCUGGAUAUCGCAAUGGGUGUGAAGACACUGCGCACCAUUCUGUCCUCUGUCACCCACAAUGGGAAGCAGCUGAUGAUGACCGUGGGCUUGUUAGCUGUGGUGGUGUACCUGUACACUGUAGUGGCCUUCAACUUCUUCCGCAAAUUCUACAACAAGAGUGAGGAUGAAGAUGAACCGGACAUGAAGUGUGACGACAUGAUGACGUGCUACCUCUUCCACAUGUAUGUGGGAGUGCGUGCCGGCGGUGGUAUCGGAGACGAGAUCGAGGAUCCUGCGGGGGAUGAGUAUGAGCUCUAUCGCGUGGUCUUUGACAUCACUUUUUUCUUCUUCGUUAUUGUCAUUCUACUGGCCAUCAUCCAGGGUUUAAUCAUUGAUGCCUUUGGGGAGUUAAGAGAUCAACAGGAGCAAGUGAAGGAGGACAUGGAGACCAAGUGCUUUAUUUGUGGAAUUGGGAGUGAUUAUUUUGACACCACUCCGCACGGUUUCGAGACGCACACCUUGGAAGAGCACAAUCUGGCCAAUUACAUGUUCUUUUUGAUGUAUUUAAUAAACAAGGAUGAAACGGAGCACACGGGACAGGAGUCCUACGUCUGGAAGAUGUACCAGGAGCGAUGCUGGGACUUUUUUCCAGCUGGGGACUGCUUCCGGAAGCAGUAUGAGGACCAGCUGGGAUAAGGCUGCGCGUCAGAUCUCUGUGCAGGGAUUUUACUUUUAUUUAAUGUCAGAAUGCUCACUGUGUCUGGACAAGACUGAGGGAUUUUGUAUGUGUAACUCCAUGGCCUUCCUUUCUGUGAAACAUUUUAGACGCUGACUACUUGAAAUGCACAAUGAAAUAAGUAAAUAUCCAGAGAUACAGCACUAUAUAAGCUGGACAUGCAGAAGCGUAAUGCUCCUUGAAUGUGUGUAGUGCAGUGUCCGAAUGAAAUUUCAGUGCCUAAAACGUACUUUUAAAAAACCACAAUAGCCUGAAAUGGGGAAGUGCUUAAUUAGUUUUCUUACUAAUAUUGCUAUUUUUAACAGUAAUAUUAGUGAUAUUACUCUGAAUAUUAAUAACAGAAUGAUGUCUGCAUUUAUUAAUUUAUAUUAUAGAAUUGCAAACCGGGUGUUUUUUAUUUUGCAAAUAAUUUAAUAAUCACGACUGCUUUCGUGUGUCUAAGAAAUAUCGCUAACACAGUGACUUAAAUAUCCUGACUUUAUGCUGAAAUUCGAUGCAUUAUUGUGUAUUACCAUUGUUUAAUAUUCAGUGUGCCGCAAACACAAGCAUGCUUUAUAUUCGUGAUUAAGUAUCAUUUCACAGAACUCUGUUUGCCAUUGAUUGAUUCUCCAGUAGUUUCCUUUUUUCAGCAUAAGCAUUUCUCGUGUGAUUUAUGUUCUGAGUGAAUGAUUCGCGACUGAGAUGGAGUAUAUAUCAUAUUAAUGUGAAUUACGGUCAUUCUGUAGCUGCAGCUCUGUCCCAUGUCCAAACAACACUCAGAACAUAGCAUUUACUGUUAAAGAAGUUGAUAUAAUUGACUAAAUUACAGCUUUCGUGGUUAUUAUGCUUGUUGUAUCUGUUGAGAUUGUUCAAUGUGUACAUUUUAGGGAAAAAAAUCCUUGUAAAAUUGAUAUUCCUCUAGUUUGCAUUUGACAUUAAUUAUAUUUACAUUUUGAUGAUUAUUCUACAUUUUUAUAAUGAUUAUUGUAAAGAAAUCUGCUAUUUAGGUUUCUGUACAGACAUUUCGUCCAUGAUUUUGAUAACUUCAUACUAGUAUGAGAAUCUCCCGUUGACUGCUGUGUGCCAGAAUAUAUAUCCCAAUAUGACCAGAACAAGAACUAUUUCUUGAGCUGUGAUUUUGUGUCAUCGGACUCAAGCCCAUGUUUCAAUGCAGAAUAAAUAAAUAUUUGACAAUCUA